AUACCGGCUACGAUUUGGUCACGUGACCUGCAGCAGGCUUAGGUCAGGGGUAACCAGCAGACGACACAACCGAUCGCGAGAGAUGGUUCCGCGGCACAGACUGCAGGCCUUCCAUUGAGGUUUACCUCGAAAUCUCAGACCCAAGCCUCACAGUAUUCACUAAAAAGUGUUCAACAUGUCUUCCUCGAAGGCAUCAUACAACUACAGAUUUCCGGAAGGAGGGUUGAAUGAUGGACAACGCAUACUGAUCAGUGGAGUGGUACAGGACAAGGCAUCGAGCUUUGCCAUCCAAUACAUGAACGGCAACACGGCGGGGACGGCAGUGACAGCGCGAGUAGAAGUCCGUCUGAAGACCAGCGGGGACAGCGAUGUGGGCGAGUCUGUCGCCUGUAGCAGCAGGAGGAAUGGCAGGUGGUCUGAGGAGAUGGUCAGCGCCAGCCCUUUCAGUUUUCAGCAGAAAAAAACCUUUUCCUUGGAAAUCAGGCGAAUACACUCCAGAUUUUUUGAGGUAUGGAUUGGCGGUCACCUGAUCGGCGAGCUGGAAAACGAGUUUGACGACUGCAGCGACAGCCUGCACAUUGAUGGUGACGUCAUUGUCAGCAAAAUCCAACGCUUGUGAGUCUGACGUCACAGCGCCACCACGUCUUGUACUCCCUCACGUGUCCACGAUCCUUGGAGUCUGAUAACUAAGGGGAACUAUCCGAGCCAGACACCCGCCCGGUUCUACGCCGCCGACUGCUGCCUGUCAGCUCUCACUACUGUGCAUGUAAAUGGAGUGAGGAACGUUCCGUUUACCGGCUACUCGCGGAGAGCUAGUCGAGACCUAGACGCGCUUAGGGCCUGCUGGGAUUCCGCGUGCACAGAGCUCUAGUCGGUCUCCAUUGGCUUUCCGCGAGUAGUGUCUAGCUCCGUGAGCUGUCGUUCGGCGACGGCUGGGGAUUUUAUUACUUACUACUCUUUCGCAUUUUUUUUUUUUUUGUUUUUUUUUUUUUGUGGGGAGGAGCCAGAUAAACUUUAGUUGCCGCUUUUGUGUUACAGUGUUUGUAAACAAUCUCAAGAUCGAGGAGAUCUUAGAUAAUCUUGGCAAAAAAGAUGUUCACGUUUCUGCACGUGUAGUCAAGAUUAGAAUCAUGCGUCUGUGAAGUACAUCCAUGCUGUUCAAUCCAUGUAGCUAAGUUGCACGUGAAAGCUUUCAAUAAUAGGAUUUGACAACACCCGAAAACAUUCUUUUCAACCUUCCUUCUCCCUCUGCGAUGUCCGGGUGGCCGAAAGCAGCAUUACUCUCAUCUUAGGGCUUCCGCUGUGGACUUGAUAAUUUAUACCAAUGAACUUUUCGGUUCUUUUGCACUAAGCAACCAGUCGUGAGAGAUUUGAGCACAUUAUUAUUAUUACAACAACAACAACCACCAUGUGCCUCAGAUAUCAAAAGUCUUUACCAUUUCUUUAUAUUUUUAAUGAGAGCAGUAAAUUGAUAUAUUUAUAGACCACUGACAGUAGAAAGUUUAGCAUGUUGAGACAGUAGAAGAGGAGAUACGGUGUUCAAGGAUCCACAUUGGGCUUGGUUUGACGUUUUAACCACAGAAAUAAAUCUUUGAGCAAGCGCUGCACUGACACACUAUGUGUAACAAACUGGACCUAGCUUUGCCAUCCGGUUCGAUGCCCGUGUGACGCAGUCACCUAGCUGAGUACCUGACUCCACAGAAGAUGUGGAGGGUAAAGCUGUGAGGGGGAUAUGUCUUUAACACCUCACUCCCCAUCGACCGAGAAGUUAGGGAGCGAAUUUAUUGUUCACUUUUGGACACUAGGCCCCGUUCACGCAGUGGCGGUCAGAACUACUCAGUAAAACUCACGGGCCAAUGUCUUAAGAAGAACAUUAGGAACAGACUGUUUAUUUUGUGUGCAGAAAGACAGGGCGGGAGUAUUUUACUGGGAACUUAGCUGUGUGGUGCACCUGUUUGCUUCACUGAGCAUAAUAACUGCGAACAUUCUUCAUACGUGUCGGCGUGCAUGCCCUGGCGCACAGUCACACGACUGCAUCAACAAUGGCGGAUAUGCGAGUCGGGCAUGUGGGAUAGCUCCCCGAAUGACGAAUGAAGAAAUGUGAUUCUUAUGUUAUGUCCUGGUAAAUCCCUGCUAAGCCACUCAAACUCGGAGGUGGCCGUGUUUCUACGCAUCGGAUGAUAGAGGUGGUGGGUCUCCGGGCUGUAGACAGGCUGAGUGGACACUAAACAUCGUUGACAACUCCUCUACUGUGAAUGACGAGGCAGGUUGUUAGUUAUCUUGCUGAUUCACUGUAGAGAUGGGAUUGAACUCUCACUCCGCAGUGUAUCUCUAGGAGGGGGCUAAGCACGGUUGUGAAAUAUCAUAAAGGAAUUUCCGCUUUUACACAAUAAAUAUUUUAGAGAAAGUAAAUGAUCAAGUGAAAUCCUAUAUACUCUCGAGUAAUCAUCUUAUAUUUUUCCGAGCAUAAAUCAUUAUUUUUACUCUUUAUAUAUGACAUUUCAAAAGCCAGUGCACGACGGACUGAAUUGUCAUUGACAGCUGCUAUAGGAAGGAAGAAAAGAGUUGGGAUGAGGGAAUCAGAUGGAGAGAAAAAAAUCUGAUUUAAACAAGAAAAAAUGUUUUAUGGAGAAUUUAAGGAACACAGCGAGAGACGGAGAGGCCUGGAGAGAUUUUAAAUUUGACUUGGUUUUUUGUCAUGUAAAAAAUAAGUGAAUGGCCAAAAAUGAAAGGGGUAUGUGUGUUUUAAGGUUUGUCAGCAGGAGGGAAGUGAACCUCUUUGUCACUUUUGCUUUCACCCUUUAAACUCUUUCAUACAUUUAACUAUCAAAAGAGAUCCGAAAGUUAAGCCCGAUGAGCUUAAGGCUUUGCCGGCAAAGACUCCGCACACCCUGAACACAGCAACAAAUACUUUUUUUAUUUCCAGAUGCCUGUUGCUUUUUUUCCACACUGGGUUAUACAAAGACGGGUUACAAUGCAGCACGGAGUGGCGGAGGGAGCGGGGGAAGGAGUACAAUACCCACCACGUGGCUGAAAUAUGUCACAUCUGAACCCUGCAAUUAACUGUUUGACACUAUAGUUGUCUCCCUCUCCUGUUGCCUCUUGGUCUUCCUCUCCCAGCCCCAUCUACACUUCUCCAAGAGUCAGUUUUUCUACAAUUAUCUUUCCAUCUCAUCCGCUCGCUUGUCACGUCAGGACCAAUUAACCGGUGAGAAGUUCAUCAGCAUUAUCUGCCCCUGCUGGUGAAUUGGCUCACAUUAAAUGAUGCUCACUAUACAAAGCUCAUACCAUCAGUAAUUAUGUCAUUAUAAUGUGUUUUUUAGCUUUUGGCUGUGAUAAAGAUAUCGCUGAUUAGUGUGAUGGUAUUCACAGCAUAACAAUUGUGACAUGGCUGUCCAUACCUGUGUCCUCCCAAGCUGCCUGUCAUGCAUGACGAGGCGAUGUUUUGCUCAGUUCUCAUUAUGUCCCGAUUAUUUUAGUAGGCGAUAUGGUUCAUUUAAUCGAUUGUGUGUUUUGCUUAUGGUCACAAAACGUGUGUCUGACGAAGGAAUGUUAAAGUACGGGAAUAUAACAAUUCUCAGUGUACAUGCGGGAGAGUUUAUUCUCGUUAGAAAAA